CAUGAAGGCAAACUCCUGAAAGUGCUGUUGGUAAAGCUACAGAGAAAGAACGCAUUAUACAACCCUCUGUACUUGGCUACAGCAAAACACACUGGAGCCGUCUUGAAAGAAGUUGUCCUAUAGCAUGGAGAUCUGAGCAUUGACGUGAAGACCUCCACCAAAAGAUCUGCAGAGAGCCUGAGCUUCAGCCCUAGUAAUACUGUUAACAAGCAUAACUUGACUAAAAUUCAAAAUUAAGAGAGAAGAUGGCCAUCAAUUGGAAGAUCUGCUUCUUCACUCUCAUGAUGCUUCCCAUGGUUACAGCAACCCAUUCCAACUGCAUCAUUAAAAAGGAGCAAGAGACCUGUCUGGAGAAAAUACGGAGGGCAGCUGCCCUGAACCCUCUCAAUGACUCUGCUCCAGGUUGCCCAGGAAUGUGGGACAAUAUUACAUGUUGGAAACCUGCAAGUGUGGGUGAAAUUGUCUUUGUCAAGUGUCCUGCACUCUUCAGAUUUAUCAUCUCUGAAGAUGGUUGGGAAGUAGAUAACUUGGGGCAAACCCAUGCAGGUGAUUAUGACCUGCUGGAAAGCACAGCCCAGUCUCCCCUAGGGGACAUCAGCAGAAAUUGCACUGAAGAUGGCUGGUCUGAACCUUUUCCUCAUUAUUAUGAUGCCUGUGGCUUUGAUGAAAAUGAAACAGAGUCUGAUAACCAGGAUUACUACUAUCUCUCUGUGAAGGCUCUGUACACGGUUGGAUACAGCACUUCUCUUGUUUCCCUCACCACUGCCAUGGUUAUCCUGUGUCGUUUCAGGAAGCUUCACUGCACUCGAAAUUUUAUCCACAUGAACCUCUUUGUUUCAUUCAUCCUACGUGCAAUAUCUGUAUUCAUUAAAGAUGGGGUUCUUUAUGCUGAACAGGAUGGCAACCACUGUUUUAUCUCAACAGUGGAAUGCAAAGCAGUGAUGGUGUUUUUUCACUACUGUGUCAUGUCCAACUACUUCUGGCUUUUUAUUGAAGGAUUGUACCUUUUCACUUUAUUAGUAGAAACCUUUUUCCCAGAGAGGAGAUAUUUCUACUGGUACACUAUUAUUGGUUGGGGUACCCCAACAAUUUGUGUCACUGUCUGGGCAGUGUUGAGACUUCACUUUGAUGAUACUGGCUGCUGGGACAUGAAUGACAACACUGCCUUGUGGUGGGUGAUCAAGGGUCCUGUGGUUGGAUCAAUCAUGAUAAACUUUGUGCUUUUUAUUGGCAUAAUUGUUAUACUCGUGCAGAAACUCCAGUCACCUGACAUUGGGGGCAAUGAAUCCAGCAUUUACUUCACCCUCCCUCUUCCUCCCAGAUGCAGCUGCAGUCCAUGCACAGGACAAUUGCGCAGCUGCGUUCAGAAAUGCUACUGUAAGCCUAAGAGGGCUAACCAGCACUCUUGCAAGAUGUCAGAACUAUCAACCAUUACCCUGAGGCUGGCUCGCUCUACACUACUGCUUAUCCCCUUGUUUGGAAUUCACUACACGGUGUUUGCUUUUUCUCCUGAAAAUGUCAGUAAGCGGGAGAGACUAGUGUUUGAAUUGGGACUGGGAUCUUUCCAGGGUUUUGUUGUUGCUGUUCUCUAUUGUUUCUUGAAUGGGGAGUUUCUCCCUAAAGGUGCAAUCAGAAAUAAAGAGAAAAUGGAGGAGCUGGAAAGUCAACCGGUAUUUUGCUGUGGAUUUCAAACAUCGUCAGCCUUCUCUAGCGAGCAGCGGAGUGAACGGGGGGACACAACUCUCCAUUCUGAGCAAGAGCAGCUCUCAGAUUCGGAUGUCCAGCAUAAAUGCGGAGAACCUAGCGACAUGAGCAGCUAAGGAAAACAAAUCAAUCAACAACCAAACCAAAAACCAUCCCUUCAAAAAAGAAAAAUAAAUCAUAAUUUUGGUGGUGGUGUAGGUCCCUUUCCUUUUCCCUUCCCUUCCCUUCCCUUCCCUUCCCUUCCCUUCCCUUCCCUUAUGUUUGUCGAGGUGAAAAAGCAAAGGAAAUAUGUACAUAUAUCUUUUUAACAAUCACUGUAAAUACCCGACUGUACUCAAGGCCAUUAAUGGAAAAAAGUUUAAAAGAUAAACAACAGGCCAAGCCCACCCACUCACUGAUUUACAUUUCAGAGCAUCUGCAAGUAAUCCGUUGUCAGUCAAAAGUAAUAAGUGAUUGCUGUGCAGUUGUGAUCCUUGGUUGCCAAAAUGAUACUAAUCUGUGAACGGACAUGAUCAUUGUUAUUUUUCAAAUUGGUUCUCAUUUUGGUUUGGAUUUGCCUUUUUUUUUUGUUCCUAGUCAAACAUUGUAGCCUGUCCCUGUCUUUUGGCAUGUGAAUUUCUGCAGUGUUUCUCUUUUGAGUCUAAAGAUGGAGCUAAUACGCUUGAGUUAAUCAAACCAGCUGGUUCAGGAAGAACUUCAGAAAAUUAAGUUCAUGGCUGGAUUUAGUCAGAUGUGCCCAGUGGACUUAAAGAAACUGCUGUGCCAAUGUGAAGCUGCAUAACUACCAUCGGUCAGUGGGGGGACUCUGGACAACAGAGAUGGAAUCAGCUGUUUUUUUCUGUACCCAGGGACACUUUUGAGAAUGCUUUAUGUUCUAGCUAAACUGUGAAUUUUCUAAAAAGGCCAUGCAGUUGAGAUAUAUCUAUAUUUUUGACAUUGACUGAUUGAUGGGUAGAUUGAUUGAUUGGGUUCUUUGAAUAAUAAAAAUAGCUGUCCCCUCCCUCUCACUUAAGAGCAAAAGUCAGUUCCAGGGUGGCCUUUCGCUCCAGAUAACCUUGAACCUUCUGCAUUCAUGUCCGAACGUGACAUGUUUUUGGGUAGUGCUGUCACACAGAGUGUGGUGCCUUUGCAGCCCAGUUGACUUCUCUGUUUUGACUCUUCCCUGCCAGAGCAAGAGGCACAAGAGGGAUCUGGCAUGAUCAUCUUGGAAGGUAAAAGUCAUCUGCAUUUGGUGAGCGACUAAACUGAACAAUAAGAUGCUAUGGAAGGAAAAGAGAAAGACUUUGUAUGACUCCCCACACCUGGCAAUUUUGUCUCUCUUUGGAUAUUCUGUUUGUUUAACCACCAAUGGUCUUACUGCUUUUCUUUGAGAGCAACUAAAAUGUUCUUUCAACGUUUGCCUUGUAGUUAAAGCCACGACUGGUACAUAUCUACUUCAAUCAAAUGUCAAUGAUGUCAAUUCUUAAAAGUCUUUAUACAGUGCAUAAAGGCUUUGAGGACCGUCCUAGCACUCACUUCGUUUUGGAUUUAUGAACUGAGAUAUAUAUAUAUAUAAAUAUAUAUAUAUAUGUGUGUGUGUGUAUGUGUAUGCAUAUAUUAAAAAAGAAAAAUGAAAAUGACAUUUUAAAUGUGAAAUAUUGAACUGAAACUAAUAGUAACCAGGAAAUUCAAAAUUCAGGCUUGUUCUUUGGUGUUAGUUGACAUGAUCAUGAACUAGAAAACAAAGUGAAAGACUCAGAAUUUUAGUGUCAGCUGAGUGUGAGCUUUUAAUUUCACUGGUUUUUGUUAGUUUAAGUAAAGAAAAAAAAGUUUUAAUGUCAUUUUAAGCAUAGGUUUUUAAAAAUAAUUCUAUUUUCCUUAUUUUUAAAAGGAUUAAAAAAAGGGCCACAGAUAAUUGUUACAGAGAUAUUAAUUAUAAUACUUAACACUUAUAUAGUGCUUUAUGGGACAUAAUCUGUUCUCAGUUGUAGCAGUGUAAAUGAAUGUCAAAAUAAUUUGAAACAGACAGAAAUGAUGAGCUUGACUUCAUAUUUCUACAGGCUCAUGCUCUUAUGAGAAGCUUACACCCUUUUCAGGUGAAAUCUACGCUUUCACUGAGGACUAGCUAAAAGUUUUACUUUACUGUGAUUGUACUGCAGUAUUUUAAGUGCAAGUUAAAUGAUCCAGACACCUUUUUUUUUCAAGUCUUCAGCACUGGUUUGCUGCUCUGAGGGUAGAAUUAGUCCCCUUGUACCAGACUCUCUGCAAAAGCCACUGAAGUGUUUUUAACUGUUAGAUUGGAGCUUCUUCUCUCAUUAGAUGCUGCUAAAAGCUAUUUUAGAAAGUUACUGAAGGAGCUAUGCACUUUGCAGUCCAGAAAGACAUGGGAGAUGGGGAAAGCCAGAUCUAUCAGGUAAAUGUAAAUUUAGACAUUUUUAAAAUGAGACUAUCUAAUGUUAGCCAAACAGAUAAUAUUUAAUAUUUAGUUUUGUAUUUUCUGUAGUAUGGGCUUUCACAAGGUAUUACAUUGACAAUAUUGUAAGUUUGUUAUUUAAAAAAAAAUUAAGAAGUAUAUUUUGCAUGAAUGGCUAGUAGCCAAUUUUCAAGCACUAAUUGAUUAGAACUUCUGAAAAAAGUUGUUGAAAAACUGCCUCUAGUUGGAGACUUUUUGCCAUGUUUCAGUCCAGAGCAAGAAAGUGUUUGGAUCUUUUUUUUUAAUUUUAUUUUUAAUGUUGUUUUUGAGGCUUUUUUCGGAGCUUGCUUUUAAAUUCUACUGUUUUCCUUGCUGUCCUUCAGUGCGCUGCAAUGUGAGUUGGUGGAUCUCAGUUCAGUGCCUCGUGGGCAAGUGUCCACAACACCAAAACCACCUUCCAGUCAUGCACACUGGAGACCAGGUCCUCAGCUAAAUUAAAAUCAGUACAGAAAACUGUUCUUAUUGUUAGAACAAAGCCACUUCACUUUGGCCUGGGGUUUGGUCUCAGCACAUUACUAUUACUAUUAUUUUUUGGCAGUCUCAGCAAGAGAGGCAAAGUCAUAAAAACUGGGACUUGCCCCUUGAAUUCCUAGCAUCAAUGCUUAGGAACAAGACAAAUUGGAGGACAGAGGAGGGGAAAUUUCUGCCUUUGCAGUCCCAGUCUUUCUUGUUCAGUGGACAAAUUAAAGUCUUCAGUACCUUUCACCAGCAUUGAAUUUACUAGAGGAAAUGGUGUCUCUUGAAAUAUUUAGUAUACAAUGGAUUAUACAAAUAACCCCCUUCUAUUAUGAUUCUUUUAUUGGCGGUGUCGAUGCACUUCCAAAUGUGUCUUUCCAUAGUCACUCAAACUUCCUCAGUGUUACUGGAAAGAUCAUACUUCAGGUGUAUAUAUUUAUCUAAAUCAGACUCUGAUGCCAUCGCACAAAUUAGCUCUCAAGAAAUCUUUAUGUUGAAUGUAAACUGAAGAUGCUGGACAUGCAUGGCCACCCUUCACAGUGGCUGUCAUUUCUAUUUGUUUCAGGAUGGAAGAAACCAACGGGUGGUUUGCUUCUAAGUGUGUGUAAAUAUCAAUUGAGUGUAACAGUGCUUUGUUUAAUUUUUCACUGUGAAAUAUAUUUUGGAGCUAGAAAGGCUAUGUUAUUAAAAACAAUACCUAAUUAAAAGAAAAACAAGUGUGCAGUGCUCCUUGAGCCAUUUUUUCUACCAUGUCCAUAAUGUAUUUCUUGUCAAAUUUUCUUAUUUUGCUUUUGUAAAUGUACAAAAAUUUCUGUGCUGCAGCUUUUGUGACUAUUUAAUGUAUCUAACCACUGUUUGAUUAUUGACUUUUUGAUGUGGAGUGCUGGUACUACAGGACAAUUAACAUCCCAAAAUGAAAGCUACAACCUGUAUUUCAAAGGACAAGGCUUGUUUCAUUGCUGCAUGGUGACCUCAAUUCCUUUUACCUUCAUCUACAUCUAGUAUAUCUGGAACUCAGAGCCCAGGUAAUGAAACUUAAAUGCUUAGUUACAGGAGUUUUUAUUUAUAGAGGAAAAAUACCCAAGUUCCUCUGCUUCAUUUAAGUAUUUGUAUUUGAAAACCAGGUGUUAAAAUAAGGUGGUGGGAGAAGGGAGAGAGUUGAAGGCAGGUGAGUCCAGACUGAAAUGCAAAAAUGCUGCAGUUUGGAAGUUAAAUUCAGAUGCUUUAUUUGGUGUCUAACUCCUCAUUUUCAGCAUCUCCAUUGCAACUAAAGAACUGUGUCUUGCAACUGCAAGGCUAAAUAACAACCAGAAGUGGGCAGGAUCUGACUGUGCUGAUAAUUGAGCUUACAUUUGCAAAGAUGACUUCCUUUAGAUUCUCUCCAUCAUCAGUGGUAAGUGUGAGACACCUUCCAGAAUGGAAUGCAGAGCAGUUCAUAAAAUCAUAAGAUCAACAGUCGAGGUUGGAAGACACCUUGAAAAACCACCUGGUCCAACAUGAGAAAGGGAGCCAAGAUGAGAUUAUGAGGCCCCCCCCCAGCCCACCUCACCCGAGCCCUCUGUUCAUCAGAUAGAAAAAACUUCUUUCACUCUUUCAAUCUUUCCUCAUCAAGUGGGUUUUCCAUCCCUUUCAUCAUCUUCAUGGCCUUCCUUUUGACCCUCUCCAGUCUGGCCAUGCUUUUCUUGAAUUGUAAGGACCAGAACUGGACACAAUACGGUAUUUGUUAGAAUCCUCCUCAAAACCUGACCUGGGAGAAUCUGAUCCUUUUCAGCAGUGAUAAAAGGAUUUGGUGGCAUAAUUUGCCUUGUCCACUUCAUUACAUAAAAUUGUGGCUUUCCAUAAUAUUGUCAUAUCAAUGAUGGAUGAAAUUCUGCUUCUGUAUAGCAUAAUAGCUUCUGUGCUUACGUAUGAAGGGCUAUGCAGGACCUCUGAUUCCUUCAAAGAUUUUUAUUUUUUUUUAUAAAUGCCAUGGAAAAAGAAAACAGUAACUAAAAAUACACAAAGCCAAAAUGGUCAAGAACAAAAAAUAUUUAGCAGAGUUAGACCUGUUGGUCUCUGAUCCUCCUGUGUUCCAGACCAACACAGUGCCAUAAAAAGACUUAAUCUGAAGGAAACUCUGUAAUUGCCAUUGUUUUCACAGCAUAUACCUCCCACUCCCAAACUGAUCUACUCCCUUUUUAAAAUUCAAUAGGAUUUUUUUUUUUCGCACUGUCACUUCCCACUGGAAAGUUAUUGUAAAACUUCACUCUUCUGGCAGUUAGAAACUUUUUUAUGAAUUCUAAAUUAAAAUAACUACUGGCUAGCUUUGCUCCUUGUCAUACUAAUCUUCCCUCCAGUUCCUUUCUCCCUUCCUUUAAUAUGAACAGUUUUAUUUCAGAUAAAGUCUACAGUUUAUCUUUGGUCAUGCAGUUGAAAGAUAAGACUAAAAAUAAUUACACUACUCAGCUUCAUUUGUUUCAGCUCUAAUCAUGAUUUGGGCUGCAGAAACAAUGCAAGGAAGCAAAUACAGAUACAUGCAAAUUCCUUUAGAACAGCAGGAAAAUUAACUGGAAUCAGCAUAUCAAGUUCUGUGAAAAAA